AUGAUCAUUCCAAUCCGCUGCUUCUCGUGUGGCAAGGUCACUGGCGACCUCUGGGAGCGCUACCUCCAGCUGAUCUCCGAGGGCAAGUCGGAUGGUGACGCGAUGGACGAGCUCGGUUUGCGCCGAUACUGCUGCCGCCGCAUGGUGAUGACCCACGUCGACCUGAUCGAGAAGCUCCUCAAGUAUACCCCAGACGGUCGCAACAUCAAGAAGCAGGAGAUGAACGAGACCGCAUCACGCUCCAACGAGAUAUAA